AUGAGUAAUGUUGAAAAGGAAGAAGGUGAAAUACAAUCAGAAAGGUCGGUUUCUAACGUUAAUUCAAUAAUGUCAUGUGUUUAGUGAGGAAAAUAACGACGAUUUCUCCAUUGAAGUAAGUUUUCUCCCGUUUUCCUUUACGGCGGGAUGUGAACGUUCUUUAAAGCUUUUCAGGAGCAACGCAUUGAUCAAGUUCGAGAAGAGUUUUAUCGUGCCCGAGAAGAAAUUAUGAGGUCGAAGAGUCGACGAAACAGCCAUAAGAAAGAAAAAAGUAGGUAAAAAAUUUACAUAAAAAAUGAGUACAUUUUUAGAGAACAGAAAAGGCGAUCGUGAGUCGAGAGCCAGGCCUUCUACGAGCAGUAAGGACAAUUACGAAGUAGUAAACAUGGAAAUAGAGAGUCCUCCCGAUCAUGAUAGUAUUGAUGAAGAAGAAAGAGCCCUGAGGGAGAUGUUGUUGGAACAGGUAGGCACAGUAUAGGUCCUUUUCAUGAAUACUUUAGGUUAUGACGAAACGAGGAAAAGUAAAAAGAUCCAACGCAAACACGACAACGACACCCAGUUCUAGACCUGAGGUGGUUGAUAAAACGAAUGAUAAAGAUAAACAUCCAAUAUCUACAACUCAACAACGACUUCGACCUCCGUUAUCUCCACCAGCAGAUUUCUUGUUACCUCCUCCACCAAUUCCGCCGAUGGACUUGAUUAUGAUCGAUGAGACGUCCAAUCUCUCUGAUUAUGAACCUUAUUCCCCCAAACCUCCAGAUCAUCCUAUUAUAAAUGAAAGCCAGGAGGGAAUUCUUGGACGGGAACUCAACGAACAGCUGCAGCAAGAUGGAUUUGUAAAUAAUUUAUUUCAAGAAGAUUCUCCCAAAAGUCCAGAUGAAGUUUCCGACGACGUUUUGACUUCAGAAUUGGAAGAUUCAGAUGACGAUGCAUUUGACGAUGAAUUGUCUGAGUUCGAACUUGAUUUAGAUGACGUUCGAGAAGAGAAUAAGUCCACUAAAAGAGAAUUAAAUCGAUUACAAAAACGACACAAACAAAAUCAAAACGAUUACAAUGCGGUCAGAAAAACUGUAGAGAAAUUAAAGGUAAGACGAUCUUUUGUUAUAUUCUGUUUUAUAAUUUAAGGAAGAACUUGCUGAACAAGAGAGGAAAUUGCUGGUCUACGCCGAAAGAGGAAUGGAUUUGACUGAACGGAUUACUAAUUUGAUCGAGAAAUCUUACAAUUCCUCCAAUAAACAUCUGAAUAGUGUGAAAGAAGAGAGACAAAAAUGGAAAAAUAAGGUCAACAAAACAGCUAUGGACACGAAGCAGAGACUUAAGAAUAGAUUCAAGAGGGUUUUCAAAGGGAGGAUUCAGAAGCCGAAAAAAAUUCCGCUGGUAGAUAUUUCCGUGCAGAAAUCUAGACCCAGUGAGUUUUGUAGGCAUAUGUUUACAUUGAUUUAGCUAAAGAGACAAAAAAGAAAUCGCCGAAGACGCCGGUUAAUCCUCCUGGAAACAAUACUUAUGAAAAUGUGCCCUCAAUUGUUACACAUGAUCAUCAAGUUACUAGUUCCCAACAAGAUUACGGUAUCUUUGCUUAUUUUUAUUUUAUCUUUAUUCAGGAAAUGACGUCAUAACUUCAUCAACCGAAUUAUCUGUGGACAUUGAGGAAAUAAUGCCGGGGGCAAGUGAUUCUAGAUCCAUUGAGAGCCAGUUAUUGGAGAGGUUGAUGAAAAAGAGUAAAUCUAAAAGUAGAACAACACCUCCGACCAAACAAAAUGGAAAGAGCAAAAACAAUAUAGAAACUCAACAGAACCCUCAGGAUUUGAUGAUUGAGGAGAUAGUAGAUGACCCCAGGCCUUCUUCCUCCACGAGUCUUGAUGAUGCCCUCAGGAAUCCCUUGACCUAUAUGAGAUCUUACAGGUUAUAUCCAUUCUUCCCCUUCCAGCACAUAAAUCAUCCUGCGGUUUCCAACAAAUUGAAGGCCGAUGUGCCCAUUUGUCCGUACGAGUUGCAUGGAGUUUGUAGAGAUGAUACGUGUAAAUGGUAAGUUCAUUAACUACUCUAAUGAAGUCAUAUCUAUUUUCCGGCUUAAUAUCUAUUCCUUUUUUACAGGCAACAUGAUCAAGACAUGCGAGUCAGCGAAGUGGAUAUCAUAAAGGAAAUGAUCUCAUAUUACCCCUCCCUUUGUCCUCCCACAAAGACUAUUGGUAUUUUUGAGUUGUUUUUCAGAUAUUUUUAGAUCAAUAUGCCAAAGAAUUGUUAUCCAAGGGAAAAGUGGCGGAUGUGGCCAGGUCCGUGGCCUCCUCCAUACCUCCUCAAGUCCGAGAACGGUGCUUUAACGAUGAACUCAAGAAAUUUAUUGCACUCUAA